GGUGAGCCUACCUGUCAACUAUAAAUAUAAUUGUCUGCGCGUUGCUUUCUUGAAUCAUCUGAUUCUAACUACUAAGGAUGCCACCCACUACAGCAGCAGCGUCAAAAGGAGCAAAGAAAGCCGCUAAGGCUAAACCUGCGCGUUCUGGGGAUAAGAAAAAAAAGAGGAAGAGAAAGGAAAGUUAUUCUAUCUACAUCUACAAAGUGUUGAAACAAGUUCACCCCGACACUGGUAUCUCCAGUAAAGCUAUGUCUAUCAUGAACAGUUUCGUCAACGAUCUGUUCGAAAGAAUAGCUUCUGAAUCUAGCCGCUUGGCUCAUUACAACAAACGGUCGACCAUCAGUAGCCGUGAAGUACAGACUGCUGUCCGUCUUCUCCUUCCAGGUGAAUUAGCCAAACACGCCGUCUCUGAAGGUACCAAGGCUGUUACCAAAUACACAAGCAGCAAGUAGAAAGUUACUAAUGCCUGUUUUAGGUGAAAGCAACGGCCCUUUUCAGGGCCUACAAAAUGUCAUAUGUCAUCUCUCGAGUCGAUAAAUGUGCUUCGUGUUAAUUUAUAAGCGUUUUCAUGUAUUAUUCUGAUUCUUAGGUUGUAGUUUUUGACACAUUGCAGCAGCUAGUCUCAUCUGGAAA